UUUGCUGUCAUUUUCUCAAGUAGAUUAGUUGAUUUUACUCACUUUUAAUAAAAUAUCUUCCUUUUGCAAUAUUGUGAUAAUUAUCUGUUAAAUUAAUCAACGAUUAAAUAAUAAUUUAUCAUAAUUGUCAAGUGCUAAAAUAAUGUCAAAGUUAUAUUAAAAAAUUAAAAUCGAAUAUUUUUCUAUUACCCUAUUGUCAACUAGUAUUGUGUGUUAAAUUGAGUCAUGUCACAAUAAAAUUUACAUUGUUAACAACAAUUAUUUCAUCAGCUUUAAAUUUAACCUACUUGUUUAUUUAUUUAUUAAAAAAGUUUUUAUUGAUUAUCAGUAAGAAAAUGGUCAAGUUGUAUGCAUUGACAGUUUUGUACAAAGGACCAGUAUCAGCAGUUGCAUUGAAAAAAGCAUUUGAUGUUGAAUCUUUUUCAUAUUUUCAAAGGGGAAGUGUCAAAGAGUUCAUGGGAUUUGUCAGUAAGACUAUUGUUGAAAGAACACAAAUUGCUGCUAGACAAAGUGUUAAAGAAGGAGAAUACAUGUGUCAUGUUUAUGUACGUGGUGAUAGUUUAGCUGGUGUGCUAAUAUCAGAUCAUGAAUAUCCAAAUCGUGUAUCACAUACACUCUUGACAAAAGUACUUGAUGAAUUUGCAGCAAAACAUCCAGCUGACAGUUGGCCAACACUAACUGAGGCAACAAGUGAUUAUCCACAAAUUAAUACAUAUUUAGCUAAAUAUCAAAAUCCACAAGAAGCUGAUUCACUCACUAAAAUGCAAAAUGAUCUUGAUGAAACUAAAAUCAUACUGCACAAUACUCUGGAGGCUGUUUUACAACGUGGUGAAAAACUUGAUGAUCUUGUUUCAAAAUCAGAAGGUCUAAGUAUACAAUCAAAAGCAUUUUAUAAAACAGCAAGAAAGACAAAUUCAUGUUGUAGUUUAGCACCUUAAUAAAUCAUCAUCAUUUUCAUCUAAAAAAUAACAAACAAAAAUAUAUAUCAUUAAAAAAAUAAAUAAUUGCUGGUUUGAUGUUUUGAUUGGUAUAACUAAAUAUAUAUAUGACAAAUAAUUCAAAUGGAUUAUUAAUUAAAUAUUUUCGAUGUAAAGUUUAUAAAAAAAAAAUGCUACUGAGCGUGAUUCCAUUUAACCAUUGAAACAUAUAAAUGUUAUUAGUUAAUUAUCAUGAUAUUAAUGUCACUGAGAUUUAUAAACAAUUCAAUAUAUUCAUUGAAAAUUUUCAAUUAAUUUUUUUAACAUUUGAGGCUUAUUUUUUGAUUGACAAAGUUGUUGUUAAUUUCAGUUUUAUCAUUGAGUUAAAAGACAAAAAUUAAAAUUCAUUAACAGUAUUGUAAAUAACCAAGUGUUCAUUAAAAUAAUCACGAGGAUUUAAAAUUCUGAUAAAGAGUUUAAGACCACCUGGAUACCAGUUAUAAAUUAUUAUCAACCAUUGCAUUCCUUGAUUAUUAUUUUUUUUAAUCUUAUUUAUUACAAAAAUUAAAGAAAAAAAAAUUCCAAAUCACAAUAAACAGUUAUUUAUUUUAACUUGUUAUCAAUUAUUUUCUUUAAAGAUGAAUAAUUGUAAAAUAAUUAUGUAUUACGGUAUUGUAAUGUGAAUGAUUAUUAAAACUUGAAUGUCAUUUUUCGUGUAUGACAGUUGAUGUUGCAAUAUUGAUUGUUUAAAAAAGAAAAAAAAAACCCAAAAUGUGUAUUGAAAAAUUUGUUAUCUUGUCCAAAACAUGAAUAAUAAUAUACUGGCAUAAAAACAAUAGUUGAAAUAAAUGUAUGCAAUUAUAACAAAAAUAAAUUAUGUGU